UUCAUUUCCUGAGAACUGCCUAAGCUGAGCAGCUGAGAGGCAGAAGGGGAGGGAGCUGCUCACUCACAUACACUCACUCACACACACACACACACAUUAUCACACACACGUACAUACGCGCAGAGUGAGAGGAGAGAAGAGGAGAGGAGAGGGAGAGGAGGAGAGGAGACAGAGAGGACUGUAGAAAGGAAAACAGUGUCCUAGUCUCCACGGCUCUGCAGCUUCUGACAAGGCAGCCUCAGAAACAGGAUGUUAAUGCUUGACGGAAUGCCUGCAGUUCGAGUCAAAGCUGAGCCCCUGGAAUCGGAACAAGGGUCACCUAAAGUGCGCCCUUAUUCUGCGAUGGACGGCGUCCCUUUCUUCCUCAGCAGAGUUAAGCCCGAACCUCCUGAAGACCUGCUCGCUCACGACCUGCACUUCCACACACAGACCGAGCCUGUUGACCUGUCAAUCAACAAACCCCGCCCCUCCUCUUCAUCAACCAUCCCCACCACCACAACCUCAUCAUCAUCCCCUCUCAGAUCCGCCUUCUCCCCAUCUUCUUUAUCGUCGUCAUCCUCCUCCUCCUCUUCCUCCUCUCCAUCAGUCAUCACCUCAGCAUCAUCGGUGCUCACACCAGGCCCCCUGGUUGCCCCUGGCACUGGGGUGAGAGGUCAGCCGUAUUUGCACAUCCUGCACUCUGUGCCGCCGCCUCCAUCCAGCCCUCUGAGCCUGCAGGGAGCAGGGAAGCUGACCAACCACGUUCGCCGCAUCCCAGUUGUGGUACAGUCACUGCCCCUCAUGUACACCACUGCCGUUCGAUCACCCUCCAGCCUCAACAACGCCAUCAUGCUACCUCUGCUGGAUGAGGUCAAAAGCCAGAGCAAAGCACACAUAGACCCCAAUGGCCUGUCGCCAAGGCAGAUCAAAAGCGACAGCGAUGACGACGACCUGCCAAACGUGACCUUGGACAGUGUUAAUGAGACCGGCUCCACUGCGCUCUCUAUAGCCCGCGCCGUACAAGACUCCAUGUCCCCGUUCAGUAUUGACAGCAUACGGCGCCCCCGGAGGUCAGAGUCACCAGAUUCCAAGAAGAGGAGAAUCCACAGAUGUGACUUUGAGGGCUGCAAUAAGGUGUACACCAAAAGCUCCCAUUUAAAAGCACACCGAAGGACGCAUACAGGGGAAAAGCCAUACAAAUGCACCUGGGACGGCUGCACGUGGAAGUUUGCCCGCUCUGAUGAGCUUACGAGGCAUUACAGAAAACACACGGGGGUCAAGCCCUUCAAGUGUGCAGACUGUGACCGCAGCUUCUCCAGAUCUGACCACUUGGCUCUGCACCGACGGAGACAUAUGCUGGUGUGAAUCAGACGGAGAGAGAUAAAGAGAGAAAGAGAGAGAGUGAAAGAGAGAUCAUGGAACAAACACACACACGCACACACACAGGCAGCCGGGGGAGCGGGAUCUCCCUAUGAAUGUUUUUCAGCUGGCCUGGACGCACACACACAUACACAUACAUAAGCGCACGCACACACUCUCAUCCGUCAUAAGGAGAGAAGAUAUAGAGGUGCACAGAGCUUGCGGAGCACAAAACAGGGUCACUUCUGGAUCCUCUUUGGGUUGGAAGGAAUAGACGGCAGGAUCUUUUAUUGUCAUUGUUUGGAGUUUAAUAGGGAACUGUCUUUUACAGCACUGUUCAUAAAUGUUUCACUUUGAUUUUUAAAAUGAACUGGCACUCUUCAUUUGGAUGGAAAAAAAAUGCAAUCGCAGCUGUCUCUUUUUUGGUAUCUUUCUUUUCAUUAUUGUUCAAAUGGCUGCUUUUCCAGCAUUCAUAAUGUGAAAGACCCCAUUGUAUGGAAUGGAUUUUCUGUGUAAGAAGAAAGAAGUUAGGCCUGGACUGGAUGACAGGAUUUGGGCCUAGUUGGAGUUACAGGCAGUGUUGUUUCGCCGUGCCUCCCUGUGUGUUUGAUUUAUGACCAGCAGGGGACGCCAUUUCAUCACGGAUUGGUUUCCUUUGCCUGCUGGAGUCUGCUGUUUUGUCAGAGGCGUCCUGAAUAAAAGCUAAAAGAGGGCUGGACUUUCACCUUUCCCAUAGCCAGCAAACAAUAAACAGCAUGACUCAAAUAGCCACAACCGGAAUGGAUCAACCUCAUCAACACCUCCACUGUUUCACAUAUUCAUUGCUUUAUUUCAAACGAUGAAAAAUGGACAUGCAUAUCAUCCCACCAGCAAAGAAACACACCAUCUACGACUUACUCACAGGGCCGGAUUACCCCAAAUAACAUCAGUGCUAGUCUUUAUGUUGAGCCUCUUGAAAUCUUUGGUUGAUUUUGUGCUGUGAUUAGCAAUCAGUAAAGUGCAAUCUUAAAGGUAAAAUAUUCUUUCAGUAUGACAGCGUUUUGUUUAUGGAAUCUUGCUUUUUUUUUUUUUUUUUUUUAAAUGCCUGCUUAUUGCUUAUGUUUGAAUCCGAAAAAUACAAGCCCUCAUGUACAGUGAACUUUGAAACAAUCAGAGGAGAUUUUCAGUAUGUGAAAAAAUAACAGCGGCACCUUACAGACUCAUGCUUUCAUUCUGUCCUGAUCUAUCUGUUUUUAUUAUUCCGCUCUGUUUUCUCAGCUGGGUUUGACAGUGAAAGGAAUUUGUGUUGGUGGUUUUGCACAGCAGCACUUGACCAUAAGCUGACACUGACACCGGCUACAGUGUUACUGGGAUAGCAUGGUACCUGAUGUACAAUACAGAAGAGCAAUACAUUUUGAACAAAGUGAUCACAAGGAGCAUCAUCCUCCUCUUUGUUCUGUUUGCUGAUGUCAAUAUGUGAGGAGAAGUUUCUAGCUGGGCCAACUCCUCACUCUGUACCAUGACUCCCCUCUGUUACCGAUUGGUUUGUAGCUCCAGCACAAGACUCUAUUCUGAUGUGUCUCAGUUAGUGAGUUACUAGAAAUCAUUUUAUUUUAUUUUUGUUUGUCUCAAAUACAGAAAGUCACUUGAAAUGUUAUCACCUCAGACCAGACAUAUGUUUAUUUAGAUUAUUAUCCGAUUUACCUGAGAUUUGGCUAUAUAAAAUUCUGACGAAAAAUGGAGAAAUCACAUAUGCAUACAUACAUAGCACAUCUAUAAAAAAUACAUACACAUGUACAUACAUGAAUACAUUAUGUAUGUGCAGUAAGGCUACAUUUUAAAUUCAGCUACUGGCAGAUAUAUCUCUUAGAGAACACCACUUAACCUCAAUCAGGAAGCUUAAUAUAAAAAAAUAUUUUUACACUUGUAAUGACAGACAUUUUUGCAGGUGUUUCAAUGCUCUUAUGCAGAGGAAGAGCUGCAGACGCAAACUCAGAGUAUCAAGCCAACCCAUAUUAUUUGAUAGUGCUGCUAAAUGUAUUUAUUGGACCGAAGCCAGUAAAAAGAAAUGGUAACCUUUUGGAUAAUAGUACCUUGAAAAUCAUACGUGCACACACAUAACACACUCUCAUGCAUAUACACUCACCUGCACACUUGAAUUGAACACCCUGAAUUUCAGUAAAGUAGCCAAAUCCAGGAAUUAAUUUCCACACAUGCACCCCAUGUAUGUGACACCCCUUUGAUGUAAUGGAGAAUGGUAAUGUAUGUUAUCAUUAUUUAUGUAUAUUGUUUGUGCACAAUGUCAUUAUGCCCAGUUGUAUUAACAUUUUGGCAAAAGCAUAUCAGCACCUUGUUUGUUUAUUAGUAUGAUUUUCAAAUUGUUUUAUUUCAGAUUUCGAUUUAUAAACAAAUAAUCAUCAUCAUAUUUUAUCAUCCAUAUAAUGUAUAAGAUCAUUUUAUGAUUGAGGGGCACUUCGUCAUUGCAUAUAACUCUUUUUCUUCUGUAAAAAGGAUCUUUUGAAAUGUUGUAAUAUAUGUGAUAGUGAAGAUAAAACUUAUUACAAAGUUCUACAGCCUGUAUAUACAUUGGAAAAAUAGGGCUUUUGAUUAGUAGAUGCAGGAAAUACAUUUAUACAUGUAAAGUCUUUUUCAGAGACUGUAAUUUAUCUAAUUUGAUAUACAGUGAAAUGGGGCUAAUGGUAUUCAUCAUGUAAAUUAUCAUAUGUGGUGUUAUAUAACAGUUUGCUUUUUUUGGUUUGUGGUUAACUAAGUUCAUGAUCAAAUCAUUUUUAUUCCCAAGGCUGAACCAGUGUUUGCUAUAAUCAACAAAUUAUUUAUAUACAUCGACCGUAUAAAGGUACUCGAUUCCCUGUGUUGCUAUUUUGCUAUACCCGGACAAAAAAUUAUAUUGAUCAAGCACAUAUCAACAACACAUGUACUCUCCUAUUCAGUAUAUGACGUUGCAUGCCUUAAUACACCAGUUUUUAAAAAAAAUUCAAUUAGACUUGAAGAUGGUGUCUCCACAAGACAGGGUGAAUUGUAUUUCCCUUCAGCAUCUCUUUCCUUGUUUUAAAGCAUAAUUUUGUAACGGUAACCAGGGUCAAAGUUAUGCAAUAAUAAUGAAUAGUGCCUCAUAUCACAAACUUGUAAUAUCAACUGCUCUGUGCAGAGUUUCGAUUUCAGCAUGUGUGCUCAAAUUAAUAAAUUUAAAAUGAGAAAUCACAACUUUUGGAAAAAAGCACAGACGACAUUAUGCAAGUCAGACCUCUAAUGUUUAACUUUCUUUUCGCACUGAGCCUUAUGCCAUUGUGUCAAAUGCAGCAUCCUCCCAUAACACUUUCACAGGCUGUUUAUAGCACGCAUUAUUACUUUGCUUGCAAUAAGUCACUUCCUCUAAGGGGAACAAAACUGAGUUACAAAGGCCUCUUGAUGUUUCAGCUUCAGCACAUUAAUUCAGCAUAGUGAUUCCAUGGAAGAUAAUGAGGAAUCUUACUCAUAGGAAAAAAAAAAAAAAACAUCCUGUGGCUGGGAUUCUAGCUGUAGAGUGAUGCCUUU